AUGAGCAGCCAUUUGCAGCAACAAGUAGCGGUUUUCCAAUCUCCUCCUAUGACAGUGCAACGACAACGUCGACGUCGUGUAAAUGUGCAGCCUUUAUCCCAUAAGAACGUGAUUUUGAGUCGAGGAAUUGUAUUAUUUGAUCCAAUGAAUGUUACGUCAAGUAUGGGGUCCAAGUCACCAUUGAUCGUAGUUGAACAAGCGGUAGAUAAUCAGAAUAAUGACAAGGAUGAUACAAGUGACGCAAAAGCAGAAGAAGAAGAAGAAGAAGAAGAAGAAGGAGUGAAGGAAGAAAAGGAAGAGGAGGAAGAACAGGAAGCGGAGAAUCAAGAAGAGGAUGUCGUUGUAGACUUCGAGUCUUUAGCUACAAAGCAAGCUAGAGUACGAGCUCAUGUGAUUGAAGAGAUUUGUGAGACAGAAAAGAGUUACGUGAGUGAUAUUCGUGCACUGAAUGACCAUUACAUUGUAGCGUUGGAAGAGAAAGCACAUCCAAUUAUGGAAGAUGCACAGAUUGCUGUUUUCUUUAACAACUUGAGACAUCUUGUUAUGCUGAAUUCCAAGCUACUUACCGACCUCCAGGCAAUUGGGAAUCGUCCACCUGUAUCUUUGCCGUUGAAAAAAUACAUUGAAAGAUCAGCUACGAGUGGAAAACGUAAGAAAAGCAGUGCCAGUCCACUUGCAACGCAAUGUGAAGAUGAAGGGGUUGGCGCUGUGUUUUGUCGAUAUGCGCCGCUCUUUAAGCUUUACAAAGGAUACGUCAAAGAUUACGAAGAGGUGGCAGCUCUACUGCAGAAUUUUGGACGCGACGCUCGUUUAGGUUUUUCAAGCUUUCUAGAAACCUGUCGAGCAAAAAGCGGUUCAUUGAAGCCGUUUGAGAGCCUACUGAUUAUGCCGAUCCAGCGCAUCCCUCGUUACAAGCUACUGCUAGAGCGCCUGUGCGAGCUUACGCCAUUUGAACACCCCGAUGCAGCUUUUCUUACAGAGGCAGUAAAUCGGAUACGCAGUGCAGCAUCACUGCUCAACGAGACUGUACGUCACCAAGAAAAUCUAGAAAUUGUGCUACAGGCUCAGCAAAAAUUUGCGGGCCAGCUUUCGCUAUUUACGGCGGACAGACGAUUACUGAAAUCAGGCAAAUUAACCAAAAUGUCCACGAAACGACAGGAAGAUGUCAUGAUUCAUCUGUUUAACGAUAUUCUGCUAUAUAGUGGUGUGCUGAUUACUGGUGGCUAUCGCGUGCGACGAAUUGUUCACUUAUGCUCUAAGGCUGUCGGCGUCAAAACGGAACUACCCGCAUCGGUCCAAGCACUUUUUGACCAGCAAUCAAAACGCCGCGCGGGCAAGGACUGCGGCUUUGUCGUUACUAGUCGAGAAAAGACCUUUAUUUUGUUUGCAGAGACCCAAGAGAUACAGCGUGAGUGGGUCGAAGCCAUUUCGAGUGCUGUAACGGACGCACAAAAGCAGAAGCAUAGUAGAGAUGGUGAAGCUGGUGACGGCGAUGGGAAUCAUCUUGGAGCGUGUGAGGGACCCGCCGACGCAGCCGCUUUAUGGGUUCCUGAUGAUGUUGCUGGUUCGUGCAAUAUUUGCAAUGCUUCUUUCCGUGCGUACUAUCGAAGAAGACAUCAUUGUCGUCGAUGUGGAACGGUGGUAUGCGAUACUUGCUCUUUAGGACGUGCCCCGUUAUUUGUUGGUGAGUCAUCACGAGCUGAACGUGUCUGCAAUCCUUGCUUCAAAGUCCUUGAUUUAGUGCGUCAAACUGCACUGCAUUGGCUAUCACGGGUUGUGGAAUUUCGUGGCGUACUGCGCCGUCGACGGUCUAAGAAGUGGACUGAGCAUUAUUACGAACUUCGGGCAGGUGUACUGAAACAGUUUUUGCUCGAAACAGUACCAGCAGGUGCGGCGCCAGGUGACCAGAACAGUACCGCUGCCGGGUUUAACAAUUCUGGAAACGGAGAAUUGGUGGUUGCUGGAGGCACAGCAAAUAGUAACACUCUUCGGUGCUGCACCGACGAGCUGUCUCUUGCCGGUGCUAUCGUAAUCCACCGGUCCGACAGUCGGGCACACAAGAACCGAUUUUGCUUUCAAAUUUCAACUGCUGAGUAUGAUGAGUCGCAGUCGAAUGUUAAAGUGGACGACAGUGAAAAUGGUCAGCAGCGCAAAACAAGUCCAAAGCAUCUAAACCAAGCUGCAGCUCGGACUAAAACCAAGGCUUCUCCGUUUAGACAAGCUGCCAAUUGCUUUGGUCUUCGACGUGAGCCUGCAAUUUCUCAUGUAAGCUCCGGUUCCUCCGGUGAAAAGACUACCUCGAUUGUUUCGCCCUUGCCGAUUCACCUGGCACCAUCUUCGUCACCAAACUCGUCGUCUUUGUCGAAGAAUGCUGCAUUACAUGAGAAUGAGUGGAUCUUGUGUGCUACGACUAUACAAGAAGAAGUGGCAUGGCGUGUUGCAGUUCAGAGUUCUGCGGACAAGGCAUUGCAUCGCAUGCGACGUUCUCGCGUCACCGACUUUUCAGGUUCACUUUUACAGAGCGGCAUUCUAAGUUUGAGUAUUAGUGUGCCACAAAACAGUAUACGGGCCUCGAUGUCGGCAAUUUCUAACUCCAGUUUUAUUGGUACGAUUGGAAGGCGACGCAUGUCUUCCCUUGAUCGUAGCCCAUCCACGGACGCCGAGCUGUCACUGGAGCUUGCCCAUGCUGCAGGAGCGGAUCGUGACGCAUAUUUGCUAGAGCACCGUCGCCGCCAAAUUUUGAAGGAAAUUAUUCGCUCUGAGGAAAGCUAUGUCGAAUGCGUAGGUGAGUGUAUUCGCUUGUUUGUUCAGCCUCUGCUACUACGGCAGCUUGAAGGCCGGAAAAUGCAUCGACGUCGCCAAAACAAGCGCAGGCGAUCCCUCCACCCAGGGCUUGGAGUUUCUUUGACUACUUCUGCUCGAGUUAGCGGAGACUACCGUCGACCAGCAAGCAGCAGCUGUGUUGGAGCUAGUCUGACGCGACGUGGUGGUAGUAGCAACAGCUUACAAACAGUGCUGAAUGCUUCCUACAGUGUAGCAGCAGCAGCGUCGUCGUCGUUAUCGACAGCCUCUGCCCCAGCACCCAAGAUACUGGUGAUGGACGCUGAUCUAUCUAUCUUUUUCAGCAGUGUAGAUCAAAUUUAUACGCUCAAUCAGCAACUUCUUGACCAUUUAUCGCGACACCUAGAAGAAACCAGCGCAGUAUCAAUGUUAUCAUCUUCAGUUGACAAUGGCCAAGAGAAGCAGCGCGAAGCUGAACCGCCUGAUUUUCUUGGAGUACGCGUGCAUCGGGCCGGAGCCAUCUUUCACGCCUAUGCACCUUUAAUGCAAUUGUACACCUCGUAUGCGAGCCGUCACAGCGCGGCAUUAAUUGCAUUGGACUCGCCCCAAUUUGCUGGAUUUCUUCGUGAAUUGCCUCCUGAGGCGGAUGUAAACCGUUUAAGGCGCUACCUGAACAUGCCCAUGGAGCGGAUUCCGCGUUACAAAAUGCUUCUUCAAGAGCUAUUAGGGUCUACUCCACCCGAGCAUAUAGAUUUUGUACCGCUGCAAUCAGCGAUCAAAAGUGUGGACCGAGUGGCGAACAAGAUUGAAGAGAUUAACGAGAUACGUGAGAAUGCACGCACUCUUGCGACUGUGAGUGCAAAGGUAGGGAUUGAUCUCAACGGCCGACAUUUUGUUCGAGACGGAAUGCUGCGCAAAGUGUGUCGUAGCAAGGUACAGACAUACUACUUUGUGCUGCUGGAGGACGCGAUGGUAUAUGGGCGUCAAGGUGGUCUUCACAAGAAGAAGUUCCACUUGCUUGAUCUUUGGGAGUGCAAGGUGGCGGAUGAUACGGAGAAAAUGCCAGGUGCCAUUACGACUGUCGUGAACUCAAACAACGCCUUCUGCUUCUAUUCGCCUCUGAAGUCUUUCAUCUUGCUGGCAGAAUCAGAGGAAGACAAAAUUGAAUGGACUACCGAUAUUCGCAAAUGCAUUGACCGAAAUCUCAGUGGCAAGACUCAUCCACGUCGCACGAGCCUUCGUUCGGAGCUACUAACGGACAACGACGACGAUACUUCAAGUGGCUACGAGUUUGACGGAGGAUUUGCGAUCAAAAACGGUUGGUUGAACGUUUCUGGCGGUGCUGUGGUGAAUGUUUCUGGUGAGAGCAGCACGACAUCCAGUUUAACUACGAGCAGUAAUGCUGGCAAAAAAACUCGAAGAUUGUGGAUCACACUGACAUUGCAAACCAUCUCAUUGGGCUCCACGUUUAAAACCGCGCAGCCUGAGGAGAUCAUUCCCAUCGAGUUGUGCGAGGUAGUUCCUCUCAAGAAUGAAACGUGCUUUCGUCUGCAGUAUCUGAUCGACACGAAGACGCGCACGCAAACGACGUAUGUGUUCGAGGCCCUGUCUCAGGCAGAGAAAGAGGAAUGGGUCCGGGCGUUGACCCAUUGCAUCUCAGGGGGCGAUGAGCUGGCUUUACGUCGUCGUAGCCUCAAGAGGGCGACGCUAGCUCCAAUCUUUAUGUUCGAUAAGGUUUCAAAUGUCUGUACCAUCUGCACGCACACUUUUGCAGUAUAUCGACCACGUCACCACUGCAGAUUAUGCGGGUCGCUUGUUUGCGGUAAUUGUUCGAAACGACGGUGGACCCUGUCAUACAGCAUGAGUAAGAAGGCCUCGCGUGUUUGUGAUAGCUGCGCUUUAUCGGCCACGAGGACGUUUUCUGCCGAAGUAUGA